GGGUACGGCCCGAAGAGGGAGGGGAAAAGGAGCUGAGAGGAGAGCGCUCUGGGCCCCGCCUCCCUCGUGUGGCCAGUGCCGCGCUGCCGGGGCCGAGUCUUUAAACCGCCCGGACCUCUUCCAGCCGGGCCCCACGGCAAUUCCUUUCCUCCACUCCCCCCCGCCUCAGGCCGGGGUUUGGGGCCGGCGGCGACCGCCUUGGGAAGCCGGGUUACGGUUCGGCAGCGCCCCCAGGACGGAGCGGGGUGUGGGGAGCUAGCUGGCGGUUAGCAGGAGGGCAGCCUUCUCCCUACCUGAGAUUGCAGCAUCUCGCCGCUGCAGCCCUCGGUGACUUGGGGCGUAGAGAGCGCCGAGCCUGCGGGGUUUGCCAGGGCGGCCGCGCGCUGCUGCGGUUACGGCGGCAAUGGAGGUGGGGCAGAAGCCACAACACCCGGCGCCCUCCUCCAGCACCCAGAGGCUGCCUGCCCCCGGCGGCAGUGAGGAGGCGCAUGCAGCCCGGGUGGACCUCCCCGGGACCGCCUUGCAGGUCCAGGAGGAUGCUGCAGCUCCCAGCCUCUCUGGAGGAGCGGACAGGGGCGGGGUGGCUGCGGCGGCUGGGGAUGGCUUGGGCAGACCGCUGGGUCCCACCCCAAGCCAGAGCAGGUUUCAGGUAGAUCUGGUCACUGAGAACGCUGGGCGGGCAGCGGCCGCGGCGGCGGCGGCCGCGGCCGCCGCAGCUGCUGUCGCGGGAAGCCCCGCUGAGCCCCCGAGGGACGGGAGAGCCAGUGGCGAGAACGGAGCCGGGAAGAGCAGCGAGGAAGCCAAAGGCCGCUUCCGAGUGAACUUCGUGGAUCCGGCCGCCUCGUCGUCGGCGGAUGAGAGCCCCUCGGACGCCGCUGGGGUCGGGGGAGAGGGGGCUAAUGUUAGUUUCCAAAAUGGGGGAGACACGGUGCUCAGCGAGGGCAGCAGCCUCCACUCGGGCAGCGGCGGCGGCGGCGGCCACCACCACCACUACUACUACGACACGCACACCAACACCUACUACCUGCGCACCUUUGGCCACAACACCAUGGAUGCCGUGCCCAGAAUCGAUCACUAUCGGCAAACGGCAGCCAACCUGGGCGAGAAGCUGCUCCGGCCCAGCCUGGCCGAACUCCACGACGAACUGGAAAAGGAACCUUUCGAGGAUGGCUUUGCGAAUGGCGAGGAAGGUACUCCGACCAGAGAGGCCGUGGUCACUUACACGGCCGAGAGUAAAGGCGUGGUGAAGUUCGGCUGGAUCAAGGGGGUGCUGGUGCGCUGCAUGCUGAACAUCUGGGGCGUGAUGCUCUUCAUCCGGCUGUCCUGGAUCGUCGGCCAGGCGGGCAUCGGUCUGUCGGUUCUUGUCAUCGCCAUGGCCACCGUCGUCACCACCAUCACGGGACUGUCGACCUCAGCGAUAGCUACCAACGGAUUCGUGAGGGGAGGCGGAGCCUACUAUCUGAUAUCGCGGAGCCUGGGGCCCGAGUUUGGCGGCGCCAUCGGACUCAUCUUCGCUUUCGCCAACGCCGUGGCCGUGGCCAUGUACGUGGUGGGAUUUGCAGAAACCGUCGUCGAGCUGCUGAAGGAGCACUCCAUACUGAUGGUGGACGAGAUCAAUGACAUCAGGAUCAUCGGCGCCAUCACGGUGGUUCUCCUCUUGGGCAUCUCGGUGGCUGGAAUGGAGUGGGAAGCCAAAGCGCAGAUCGUCCUCUUGGUGAUCCUCCUCCUGGCCAUCGUGGACUUCGUCAUAGGAACGUUCAUCCCGAUGGAGAGCAAGAGGUCCAAAGGCUUCUUCAGUUAUCAGAAUGAAAUCUUUACAGAGAAUUUUGGACCAGAUUUUCGAGAAGACGAGUCUUUCUUCUCUGUGUUUGCGAUCUUUUUCCCUGCCGCGACUGGUAUUCUAGCAGGGGCAAACAUCUCAGGUGAUCUUGCGGAUCCUCAGUCAGCUAUACCCAAAGGAACACUGUUGGCCAUUUUAAUUACGACUCUGGUUUACAUAGGAAUCGCAGUAUCUGUAGGCUCCUGUGUGGUCCGCGACGCCACCGGGAACGCCAACGACACCCUCACGGUGGAGCUGGCCAACUGCUCCUCCGCCGCCUGCAGCCUGGGCUUCGACUUCUCGGCCUGCGAGCGCUCGCCUUGUGGCUACGGCCUGAUGAACAACUUCCAGGUCAUGAGUAUGGUGUCAGGAUUUGCACCCCUGAUUUCUGCAGGCAUCUUCUCUGCCACCUUGUCUUCUGCGUUGGCAUCUCUUGUGAGUGCUCCCAAAAUCUUUCAGGUAAGUGAAUCACGAGCAGGUUAUUCAGAGCCUGGUUGGAACUCACUCACAGGAAGAGUGCUGGCUCGGGGACUAAGAGUACGGUCAGCUUUCCUGCUUGAACCAGCUGCCAUGUUUCUGUCCACAGAUGUGAACUGGGGGUCGUCCACCCAAGCCCUGACCUACCUGAGUGCCCUGCAGCACUCCAUCCGCCUCUCCGGCGUCGAGGACCACGUGAAGAACUUCAGGCCUCAGUGUCUUGUUAUGACAGGUUCUCCAAACUCACGCCCAGCUUUGCUCCAUCUUGUUCAUGCUUUCACAAAAAAUGUUGGUCUGAUGGUCUGUGGUCAUGUGCACAUGGGGCCUCGCCGACAAGCCAUGAAAGAAAUCUCUAUUGAUCAAACAAAGUACCAAAGAUGGCUUAUUAAAAACAAGAUGAAGGCGUUUUAUGCCCCAGUCCAUGCGGAUGACUUGAGAGACGGUGCCCAGUACUUGAUGCAGGCUGCCGGUCUUGGUCGCAUGAAACCCAACACACUCGUUCUCGGCUUUAAGAAGGACUGGCUGCAGGCGGACAUGAGGGAUGUGGACACCUACAUGAACAUAUUUCAUGAUGCCUUUGACCUUCAGUUUGGAGUUGUCGUUAUUCGCUUAAAGGAAGGCCUGGAUAUUUCUCAUCUUCAAGGACAAGAAGAGUUACUGUCAUCUCAGGAGAAAUCUCCAGGCUCUAAGGAUGUCGUACUGAGUGUAGAGUAUAGCAGAAAAGGCGACGCGGACCCCUCGAAACCAUCUGAUGAGAAAAGUCCUGUUAUGCAGAAAGAUGAGGAAGAGGAUGGCAAGACUCCAACACAACCACUGUUGAAAAAAGAACCCAAAGGCCCUGUUGCCCCAUUAAAUGUGGCUGACCAAAGACUUCUUGAAGCUAGCACACAAUUUCAGAAAAAACAAGGCAAAAAUACUAUUGAUGUCUGGUGGCUUUUUGAUGAUGGAGGUUUGACCUUACUGAUACCUUAUCUUCUGACUACCAAAAAAAAAUGGAAAGACUGUAAGAUCAGAGUAUUUAUUGGUGGAAAAAUAAACAGAAUCGAUCAUGAUCGGAGAGCGAUGGCCACUCUGCUCAGCAAGUUCCGGAUAGACUUCUCGGACAUCAUGGUCCUGGGAGACAUUAACACCAAGCCGAAGAAGGAGAAUAUUGCGGCUUUUGAAGAGAUGAUCGAGCCCCUGCGGCUCCACGAAGAUGAUAAGGAACAAGAUGUUUCGGACAAGAUGAAAGAGGACGAGCCCUGGAGGAUCACGGAUAACGAGCUCGAGCUCUAUAAGACGAAGACAUACCGCCAGAUCAGACUGAACGAGUUAUUGAAGGAGCACUCAAGCACAGCCAAUAUAAUUGUCAUGAGUCUCCCGGUUGCUCGCAAAGGUGGCGUGUCCAGUGCCCUGUACAUGGCGUGGCUGGAGGUACUCUCGAGAGACGUGCCGCCGGUGCUCCUCGUCCGCGGGAACCACCAGAGCGUCCUCACUUUCUACUCCUGAGCGCCGCCUCGUGGACGGGCCCAGGGACGGGGCGCUGCGGUCGCUGGCGCGGUGGCUGGAAACGUCCUGUGAGGCGCUGUCCUCGCCCAGCUCCCCCGCAGCCUCCCCGCGUUGUGAGCACACAGAGACGUUGUUCCGGCCGCGCGGACGCGGAGCCUUGGCUCUGUCCCUUGUUCUUGGACGCGAGGUUCUUCUUUGCUAUCUGAAUAGCAAUAAAAGCCUGUUUUUCUUUUCGGUUGGUGACAGAAAUAGAGAUUUCUAAAAGCCUUCUAGCCUCGAGGUGCCUUCUGAGAUUAACCAAAUGUCGUCCGUCCCCCCUUUUCUAAGUUGAUUCAGAACAGCAAGCGCUGCCUCUCACUGAGACUGUCGGGCUCUCGGCGCCCCCUCCCCCAGCCACGGACUGGCCCGAGUGCCGACCCUCUUUGUCGCUGUGCUUUCUUGGGGCUCUGUUCGGGGCUGGGAAGGGGCAGUCCUGUCCCUGGGGGGAACCGAGAGGUCAGUCCAUCGGUGUAAGCCUUGUAGAAGGGCGGCUCUGCCUUCCGGUGCCGUCUUCCCGAGAAUGCUCCCUGCAGCUUCCCACAGCACUCCGAAGCCCGCAUGGGCUGUCCAGCCUCCCAUCAUGGGGCGUCCCGGCCGAGUGGUUCUCAGGCGAGCCUUCCAGGGACUCGGGCUGUGCCGCUGCCUCUCGGGCAUUGCGUCCUCCCCCGCGAUCUCUCUCCGACCAUCAGAGGGCUUCCUGGAUCGCUGGCCACUUCAUGGAGCCUUCUUGUCUUCAGAGGCUGAAUCCACUCCCGUUCAGUCCCACUAGAAACUGCCAGGCUCUGCGUGAACAUCUCCUGUGGCCCGGCAGUCCGGGAAGGACAGUGCGCAGGGAUUGCCGCCCACAGCGCUCUCUGCACGGCACCCACAGGACGUUUUCCAUCCUCUUCUGUUCCUGGCAGCCCACGAAGUAAAGUGAAGACUGCAGGAAUCGCGCCCACAUCUCUCUUCACCCUUUUCUCGUCCAGAACAGAUUGCCUAGAAGCACUUCAGGAGUUUGAGGCAGUCUCACACACCACACACACACACACACUCACACUCACAUUCACAUACACACACACACUCUCACACUCACACUCACAUUCACAUACACACACACACACACUCUCUCACACUCACACUCACAUUCACACACUCACAUUCACAUACACACAUACUCUCACACACAUUCUCACACCCACACACUCACUCUCACUCACAUUCACACGCACACACUCACAUUCUCACACUCACAUUCUCACACCCACACACUCACUCUCUCACUCUCACUCACAUUCUCACACUCACACUCACAUUCACACACUCACUCUCUCACUCUCACUCACAUUCACACACUCACAUUCACACACUCUCACUCUCACACUCACACACACGUGUGUGUCAGACAUGCCAUCUGCAUUGAUCUGUAUGCAUUCCAUAUUCCAUACACACAACGCACCACUCGUCACCGGGCCAUCUCGCUGUUGUUGCCGUGUUCCGUGAUCAGAAUUCAUGAACUGACCGUCGUGUCAACCAUCGGACCGAAGGACGCGGUCGCCCAGCUCUCUCAACGGGCAAAGCGUGGGCCGUGUGUGCGACACAUUGUAACCAGAAGUGGCUUCGUGUGCGGCAGUGACGCGUCCCGGCACUCCCCCUCGCUGUUCGGCCCGCUAUCGCCAUCUUCCCAGGUUUCAGGACUGGCUUCUGUGCUGCUGCUGCUGCUGGUUUCUGCCGGCCUUUCUCUCCCGUCGAGCUGCAGUUGUGUUGGCUUGGUUUGGCUGCGGGCUCGCUUUGGGAAGGGCCGGGCCGUUCUGAACACAGAACAUCCGUGAGGUGGCCGCCUUGUUUCCCAGCUCGCGCCUCGCAGUAGACGUGGGGGAGGCGCGGUGGCGUGUUUUCACGCUCAGAGCGUGGCCGUAGCGCUGCUGCCUGCGCACAGGCACGCUUAUCCCGAGCGUCUUGCCCGUCCCUCACGAGCCGUAGCGCACCAAAUGACGCGUGUGUAAGAAGCACACGAACACGCCCUCGGGAGAACGUGCGACGCUCGUCCCGCGAGGUGGCGGCUCACAAAGGGUCGCCGUUGCUGUGGCUCCCGAGACGCUUCAGCCGGGAAUUCGUAGGUGCUUCGCUAGCGAUGACGUGAUUCUGUUUGGUUUAGGCUGAAUUUUGAUUGUUUGGAUGCCAAAUUUUUUUAGUUCUAAUCAUUGGUGAUGACUCAAUCCGCAAUUGUGCGUCAGCGUUUGGCGGGUCGCGUGGAGGUUGAGCUCAAGUCGCUCCUCAGCUGACAGCAGCGGCCGAUAAACUCGAUUAUUUAUUUGCUAAUUUCCUGGUCGUAGUUUCUGCUUUCAUGACACGACGUCGCUGAAGACGAGCUCGUGACGUCACUGCGCUUUGGGGGAUGAUUACCGGCUAAGGUUGAACUUGUGCUCUUUUGAUAAACCUGUAACUGUCACACAAAUGCUUUUCUAAUGUUUUCACACUAAAGAUUGCCGUUUCCACUCUGUAAAGAGCCCGCAAUAAAGGAAGUGAAUCCAUAA